UUUUCUCCUCCUAAAACCCUAAAGCCCGUUCAGCAGGGGAAUAUCACACCCAAAGCACCCCUUCAAUGGCUAGCUCCACGGAGGCUGGUGUUGAAGCUCUUCAUCAUCUGCGGGCGACGGGUCCAGUGCCGUGGCUCACGCGAGAUCCAUUGCUCACUCAAACUGCUCGUCUCGCCUCACAGUAUCUUUUUUCCUCUCUCAAGCCCUUCUCUAAAAAAUCGCCAUUGGACGAGCUCCUGGUCGACGGAUUCGAUGCCGAGCAGAUAUGGCAGCAAAUUGACCUCCAAUCACAGCCUCUGUUACCCACUCUUCGCCGGCGAUUGAAGCAGCUGGAGGAAAAUCCGGAAGAAAUUUCCAAGAUGAAGGAGCCUCUAGAAGGUCAAAAGAAGAUGGAGGGGAAAACGAAAGAGGUGUGGCACGAAGAAAGUGACGGGUUUGAUGGGGAAUUAGACGAUUUUGAUGGUGAUGACGAUGAAGAAGGCGUUGAAGAGGAAGGAAAAGAUGGCGAGAAAAGAGGAAAAGCAGAGGCAGAGGAGGAGGAGGAGGAGGAGGAAGGCCUUGAGAGCGAGGAAGAGGAAGAGGAAGGUGACUAUGGAGGUAUUCAAGAUGAUUUUUUUAAAAUAAAGGACUUGGAGAAGUUCUUGGAGAAGGAGGAUAAUAACUUGGAGAAAGAUGAUGCCGAACAGCUAAGGGAAGGUGAUGAUGAAAGUGAUGAGGCUGGUGGAUUUGGCCUUGGCAUUGAUGAUGAAUUCGAAGAUCCAGAGGACUUUAAAUACGCAAUGCAUGACGACCUCUUUCCUCCUAAAAAAGUAAGGGGAUUCUGGCAAGAAAAAGAAAGAAAGAAAAAGAGAUUGUUAAAUCGGGGGUCUGAAGAUUCUGAUGCAGAUGACAUGGAAUUUGAUGGACAAAAUCAAGAGACCAUUUCUACCCAUGAAAAACAACUGCAAAAGAUCCAAGCAAAGAUAGAGCAGAUGGAGAAAUCUAACUUGGAGCCAAAAACGUGGACCAUGCAGGGAGAGGUGACUGCAACCAAGAGACCCAUGAACAGUGCUUUGGAAGUUGAUCUUGAUUUUGAGCAAAAUGCAAGACCAGCUCCUGUAAUUACUGAGGAAGUUACAGCUUCAAUCGAGGAGAUGAUCCAGAAAAGGAUCCUUGAGGGACGUUUUGAUGACGUUCAAAGGGCUCCCAAAUUGCCAUCAAAAGCAUCUAAGGAAGUAAAAGAGUUGGAUGAGAAUAAAAGCAAGAAGGGUCUUGCAGAAAUUUAUGAGGAAGAAUAUGUUCAAAAGAUAGACCCUACUUCUGCUCCAUUAUCGUUCAAAGAUGAACAGAAAAGAGAGGCAAGCAUGCUGUUCAAGAGACUCUGUUUGAAGCUGGAUGUUCUCUCUCAUUUCAACUUUGCUCCAAAACCGGUUAUGGAGGACAUGUCUGUCCAAGCUAAUGUCCCUGCUCUGGCAAUGGAAGAAAUUGCACCAGUGGCUGUCUCAGAUGCAGCUAUGCUGGCUCCUGAGGAGGUCUUUGCUGGCAAGGGUGAUGUCAAGGAAGAAGUAGAGCUUACAAAGGCAGAGAGAAAAAGAAGGAGAGCAAAUAAGAAAAGAAAAUUUAAAGCUGAGGCGGUGAAAAAGAUGGCAAUGAAGGUUCGAGAUAAUGUAGCUCAUAGCCAAACUGAUGUUGCAGGCUAAGAACAGUGAGAUCUAGCAUAGGAUCUAAUACCAUAAGAAGCUUGUUCAAAGCCGUCCUAAUCAACAGGAGUUGAAGGAGACACUCCGUGGCAGAGGUUACAAAUGGUUGGUAGGAGGACCCCCAAUUGCAUUCAGGCCUGCUUAUUGCUGCAGAAAGAUGUGGCUAAUUUAGGACUCGGCUAUGGAUGACUCAGGCUCAAACCUUUCUUGUAUUUCUCCACUAAUUGAUUAAUUAAUUUGAUCUAUAGUGAAAUUGAAUGAUGCACGUGUACAAUACUUUUAUCCCCCUAUUGAAGGGCAUAUGAAUGCAAUUUGAUGUGUUCCCACUUCCUGUAA